CAAUAAUUGUUCGCGAACGCAGGCUGCUUUGAUUAUCGUGCGAGAAUGACACAGGAACUGUCCGGUGUGACCAUAGUGAUAUUUAUAGCAGCGGGUGUUUUGACAAUAUUGUUACUAUUCAUCUUCGCGAAACGGCAGAUCAUGAGAUUCGCUUUGAGAUCUCGUCGGGGUCCUCACAUUCCCAUAGGACAUGACGCGAAAAAGUCCUUGAAGAAGGAAAUAGAAAGGAGAAUAGAAGUGAUACCUAGGAUCCAAUAUGAACCGCAGCUGAUUAGCGACUCUAGAUAUAUUUUGACUCCAGGUGGACAAGCCCCACCGCAUUAUUACAGAUUAAAAGCUGUUGACGAUGUUAAAACUUUAGAGGCAGAGAUCACAAGGUACGACAAUUGUCUCAAGAGACAUCCUUCGGAAAAUCUGAGGGCAUACUUGCUCACCACACUCGCUACUCCAUUAAAUGGAAGCGGCCAGCGUUUAAUUCAUCAGUUCUGUGAUUUGUACGAACAUGCGAGACACGACCCUACAGAAUUUGGUGACGAGGAGUAUCAAGUAUACACUCGCUUGUUUUUGAAGUUAAUGGAUGCGGCACGUUUAUUGAAAUCAUAUCCAAGCAGCAGGAAGUCUAGUCCUAGUCGCACACCGAUCAAAAAGAAUGUGGAGACAAAAAGAAAUAUUCUGGAGCCCAGGAUGCGUCCGCCCGAGGAGCAAAUUCUAACUGGUUCGAGACCUAAUACUUUAACGGUAAUGACAUUAGACAAUAGCGAGACGUCCGUGUAGCAUUAUGAGUGCCGUCACAUACAACAUAUGUGACGAGGAAAUUGUAGAUAG